UCCAAGCCAUUUGGAUUAUGUAAACCUUCCAUCUCAGUCGUACGUUUUUUCUUCCGCUUCCCAAUAAUUGUCAUUCGCCAUCGAAGAACCAGAAGAAGGGAAACUCGAACAAUCCAAAGGGCCAUCCCUUCUGGGCUUGUUUGCUUCAGGAAGUGUGUGCCUUUGGAUUUCGAUAUCAGGAAUGAGAGCAAGAGACUGAUAUCAAAGCAGAAAUAUUUUCUCACAGGAGGGGCUCUCUGAUUUUCUUUCCUGCAAUCUGUUUUCCGUCGGAUUUUGUUGCUGAUUUUACAUUUUCCUAGGAAAAUCCUUGGAGUAGAUCUGAUUUUGCUUUCUGGGUCUUCCUUGUAUUGCAUGCAUGGGAGCAGUGGUUGUCUAGCAUGCCAUAGUAAGACCGCACUGAAAACUUCAGUGAAUGAGCCACCGAAAGGGUUAUUAAACGAAGGUCGGACUGUAAAGAAACCAAGCAUAUCAGAGGAUUUUUGGACCACCAGCACGUGGGAUAUGGACAACAGUGCAGUUCAGUCCAAGGGAAGCAUCUUAUCAAUCAGCACAAACCAGACCCUUGAUCUGCAUGGUGGCUCUGGCAGCAGUAGCACCCCUGCCGAAUUUGUAAAUCAUGGUCUUCUUCUGUGGAGCCAGACUAGGCACCUUUGGGUAGGGAAUAAAAAGUCUGAGAGCCCGUCAAAGAAAAUUCGAGAACCCAAAUUAGGUUGGAAUGCGUCGUAUGAAAGUUUACUUGGGAGUACAAAGCCUUUCCCUCAGCCUAUUCCUCUCCCAGUGAGCCCCUGCCCCUGCCUGCCCGCUGUUAUCCCUGCACACUAUCUAAUUUUUUUUCCUGGUUCCGACAUUAACAGGAAAUGGUAGAUUUUCUCGUGGAUAUUUGGGAGCAAGAAGGGUUGUACGAUUGAGCGGCAAAGGUACUAGAGAUUUUUAAGUAGGCUAGAAGUUGAUUCAAGUGUAUGUAACAUCAUUACUGCCUCCCAGAAAAUAGGAAGCAAUAGCAUGGCUUGUACGUGAUCAACUAUCACAUCAUUUUGUUCUUGCUUGUUCUUGGAUUUUAACUUCCGGGGCCUUUUAGUCGCGCCCUUUUGUUACUAUUCAAACUGAUUUUACAGGAUUGGUUUCUUCCACUGCUCUUUGUGGCCGGCUUUGCAAGACUAAGAUGACCUUUGUCUACACUUCCGUUUCGUUUUCACCCUCCUCCCCCUUGCGGUAUCUGCGUGCUUCGGUGUUCAUUUCUGUUUAUAUUUGGGACCUAACAAGUAAAAAGGAAUACUAUAGACAGUAGGACUAAGUGGCUAUGUUCUUUAAUAUAUGAAAUUAUAUUUUUAUCGA